UCCCAACGCAGUCCUCUACUCCAUGCUACAAUUUGAAAAGUUAGUCGCUCAUGAGAGACAACUGUUAGCCGUCUAUGUUCAGCAAAUAAGCGUAUUUCAUAAGUGGGAUUCAAGUUGGCCUAAGUACAACAUUUUUUUCACUUAUAUUUCCUCACAUUUAGUUUAAGGAGCCUUUUUUUACACAGUAGACACCACGUGUAGCAGUAUCUUAAGUAACAAUGGGCAUUGGCUAGAAUGUUUGCUAGCGUUCGUUUGUUCCGCGUGAGACGUUUUUCAGCCGUUUUCCCUGAAUGUCUGUUUCUAACAUCUUUGUCCCAGGUGCUGUUGGAAAAUGGUCGUUUUUUGCCUGGUGUGCAGACUGUCACUCCCCUCACUCAACAAUUUGCAUACCGUAGUUGUGUUGUAACAGAAGCGCAUUACCACGUCUACUCAAAGACUUCCACUGUGGCUUCUGAAAUCUUGACGCCCACAAACAAACCGCGCACCAUGUCAGCCGAAAAAGUUCCCGACACCCCAGUGGAAGUCCUUGUGGCUCUCCUUAAAAAAGCCAAGGAGAUAGCUGGAACGAGUGCCAAUGUGCCAGAGGAGCUGACAUGUCAGUUGCAGAAGGCUCUGGACAUAGCCAGUGGCCUGGAUGACUACCUGGAGCUAAUGACCACACAGGAAAGUGAACCUCUGGCAGAGCUAUAUAAAAAAACAAUUUGCCAUGACUGGAAACAAGUGCACAAGGAGGGUAAAACGAUGUUCCAGCUUCCCAAAGAGUGCAUCACCGGACACGUUGAAGGCCAGACCCUGAAGAUGCUGAUCCACAUAAGUCAAGCUAAGAGGGUUCUAGAGAUUGGAAUGUUCACCGGCUACGGAGCACUUUCCAUGGCUGAAGGUCUUCCUGAGGACGGCUGCUUAGUUGCAUGUGAGUUAGAGCCAUACCUCAAAGACUUUGCUCAGCCCAUUUUUGACAAGUCUCCACAUGGCAAGAAGAUUACUGUCAAGACUGGGUCCGCCAUGGACACUCUAAAGGAAUUGGCUGAUGCAGGAGAGCAGUUUGACAUGGUCUUCAUUGAUGCUGACAAGGAUAAUUACAUCAACUACUACAACUUUAUUCUGGACAACAAUCUGCUGAGAUUGCGAGGGGUCAUAUGUGUAGAUAACUCCCUGUUCAAAGCCAAUGUUUAUCUUAAGGACACCACAGAUAGCAAUGGACUGGCACUCAGGAAAUUCAACCAGUUUGUGUGUAAUGAUCCCCGCGUGGAGCAGGUCAUUAUCCCUCUCAGAGAUGGCAUCAGUGUUAUCCGCCGGGUAUCUGUGGCCUCUGAGUGCUCAAGAACAAAGAGUAAAAUAACAGAUGACCAAGUUUUCCGCGGAGUUGGGGGGCGGCCAAUCCUCGAUCGGAUGCGUCUUGAUGGAAAAGUGGCCUACGUGACAGGUGCUGGGCAGGGCAUAGGCCGAGCAUUUGCUCAUGCUCUGGGUGAGGCCGGUGCAAAGGUGGCCGUAGUAGACCUGGACAAAGAUAAAGCUGAUUCAGUGGCUCAAGAACUCUUCCUCAAAGGCAUCAAUGCCAUUUCGAUCACAGCUGACAUUAGCAAAUCAGAUGAUGUCCAGAGGAUGAUUGACAACAUUGUCUCCAAAUGGGGAGCGAUCCACAUUGGCUGUAACAAUGCCGGCAUCAACAUGAACUCAGCCAGUGAAGACACCAGUCUAGAGGAGUGGGACCAAACCUUUAAUGUCAACCUGAGGGGGACAUUCAUGUGCUGUCAGGCAGCAGGUCGAGUGAUGUUGAAGCAAGGAUAUGGCAAGAUUAUCAACACAGCCUCCAUGGCCAGUCUAAUAGUCCCCCAUCCUCAGAAGCAGCUUUCUUACAACACAUCCAAGGCAGGAGUGGUCAAACUGACUCAGACUCUGGGCACUGAAUGGAUUGAUAGAGGAGUGCAUGUCAACUGCAUCUCACCGGGGAUUGUUGACACCCCUCUCAUCCACUCGGAGAGUCUGAGGCCUCUGGUGCAGCGCUGGCUGUCAGAUAUCCCUGCUGGUAGACUGGCUCAAGUGACAGACCUGCAAGCUGCAGUGGUCUACUUGGCAUCUGACGCCUCUGACUACAUGACAGGGCAUAACUUAGUCAUAGAGGGUGGGCAAAGUCUGUGGUAGAGGGGGUAGAUGAAGAGAUUAGAAGUUU